GCUUCUUUGGAUUACAUUUCAUUUCUCUUGAGAAAAUUGUUUUCUUCUUCGAUUUUGACGACGAUCACUCUCAAACGAUCAGUUUCUCGGAUUCGAGUGAUCAUCUUCGUGAACCUUCUUCUUCAAUUAAUGGCGAUCGAUUACUCUCCUCCUUCUUCGGAAUCGGACUCGGAUUCUUCCGCCGAAGAGACGACGCAGACUAAUCAGGAAUGGCAACUGAAAGAGGCGGCGAAGAAGAAAGAAUCUCCCAAAGUUGUCUUUUACAAGACGAAGGAGAUCGAGUACCGUUCAAUGACGAAGCGUAUCAUUCUCCAAGACGAGAACGGACCAUGUGCUCUCAUCUCCAUUUGUAAUGUUCUUAUCUUGAGAGGCGAAAUCACUCUAGAUCUUGACUGUUUUGAAGUAUCUGAACAGACUUUGCUGAAUCGUGUGGGUGAAGUACUGGUUGAAAGGAAAGAUUAUGAUGAGUGCAUUGAUCUUGAGCUCGUCGAUGGCCUUGCAGAGGGAAUAAUUGUCGAUGUAAAAUUCAAGAGCAUUAAGGAUUUUGUGUUUACACCUAAGCUAGCUAUAUUUGAUUCACUUGACAUUCCCUUGUAUCAUGGAUGGCUAGUUGAUCCCGAGGAUGUGGAAAUCGCUACUGCAAUUGGAGGCAGAUCGUACGAUGCAUUAUUGAAUGAGCUUACUGCCUUGGAUACACAGACUGUUAAGGCUCCAAACAGUAAAGAGAAUGGUAGAUUGAGAAAGGGAGAUAUUGAAGAAGAAGAAGCGUUGUUUAAAGCCUUGACAUUAUCUGAUAGGGAAGUGUCUGGUGUUGAUACUCACAGAGACUCAAACGAAAGAAAGGCUGUGUCUGAUUCCUCAGGAGAAAAUGGGCUCACGCGAAAAGACGGUGAAGUGAUCAACGGAUUCUUGAAAGAUAAUGCCAGUCAAUUAACUUGGCACGGGCUCUUUACCUUGGAAGAUACUCUUAAAGAAGAUGAACUUUGUGUUUUCUACCGCAACAAUCACUUCUCUACCAUGCUGAAGCGUGACGAUAAACUCUUUACUUUGGUUACUGAUCAAGGCUAUCUGGGGGAGCAAGACUUGGUUUGGGAGAGAUUAAGCCAGAUUAAUGGCGAUUCUGUCUUCAUUACUGGUAACUUCAAGGUCUUCAAGAGGGACAGUGGCGAAAACCGAAAAUGGGGUCAAAAGCACGCAAUUAAAAAAUCUGAGAAUGUUUUCUGCGGAAUCAACAGUGAAGACAUGGAUAAUACUGAUCCCGAUCUUCAAAUGGCGUGGGAGUUGCAGCGACAAGUCUGGGCUGGAGAGACUGGAUCAGAGGUACCAGUAAUAACCAUCAGAGAACUCAGAGAACACAUUUCUUCUUCAAUACGAGAACUCAGAGAGCUUUUUGAUGGUUUGUUUCGCUUUCGCAAUUCAUAUUGGAAUCACAAGAAGUGAGGUGGGAACACAGAGAGAGGUGGAAUCAGUUCUGUUAACAGUUUGAAAUGCCCUCUUGUAAAGAUUGAAAAUAAAAUUCUAUUUCUGUAAACAUGAUAUAACUAACACUUUUAUAACAUCAAAUUUGAAGAGACUGCACCA